CCUCCCCCCCCGCCCCCCCCGCUUCCUUCCUUCCUCAAGAUUCCUCCCGCUCCCCAAUCCCCAUCUCCAGUCCGACCAUGGCUGCGGCGCCGCCAACCGGCUGCUUCAAGUGCGGCCGCCCGGGCCAUUGGUCCCGCGACUGCCCCUCCGCGCCCGCCUCCGCCGACCCAACCGCCAACCCUAACCCCUCCCGCUUCGCCGCCUCCUCUUCCUACCCCACCGCCAAGCCAAGGCCUCCAGCCUCCGCGGCGCCGCCGCCCGAGGGGGACGCACCGCAGGACAACAACCGGAAUAAGAAGAAGAAGAAGGAGAGGACCACGCGCCCCAAGCUCACCCCCGACCUGCUCCUCUCCGACGACGGCAUCGGCUUCGUCCUCCGAUACUUCCCCAAGGCAUUCAAGCCACGCGCCCGACCAGGCCACGAGGUGGAGGACCUUGGUAAUCUCAUCAAGCUGUACACGGACUGGCACUCUCGCUUGAUCCCUUACUACUCAUUUGAACAGUUUGUGCGAAAAGUUGAGAAAGUGGGGGCUGGCAACCGUGUUAGGAAAUGCAUUUCUGAACUGAGGGACAGGGUUGCUAGAGGGGGAGAUCCUACAGUGCUGCACGAAGCACCAAUUGAAGAAGUCACGCCAGCAGGUGAACCUGAUGGAACUGCAGCUGAGGACGCAUUUUUAGGGACUGAAGAUAACCAUGCCAUCGACCCAGCGCACGGAGAUUUAAUGGAUCCACCAAUGGAGAGGAAUGAUGUGGAUCUGAUGCAAGAAGAUUUGCUCAAUGAAACCUACGGAAAAGCAGCUGAUGAACCCCAAAUCCCAGGUGGAGAGGGAUCCAACAAAGAGGCCCCAGAGCACCCGGCUCCAAAAGAAACAAGCUUGAAGCAGCAGGAGGAAGCAGGCAGCACCAAGCGGGCGAAAAUUGAGCUGACGGAGGAGCAGAGGGCGCGCAUGGAGGCCAACAGGCUCAAGGCCUUGGAGAGAGCGGCGGCGCGGGCUCGCUAGAUGUCGUUGGUUCUUGGUUGGUGUCGCAUGCUGGAACAAUUUCCUUGUACUCGAAAGCUUGGUUACCCGCAAACACUUAUUACAAGUGUGAAAUGGAUGCGACUGCCAAAUUAUAUUUUUAGGAUUUACCGGGGCAUUUUCGUCACCCGUUUGCUUUAGAGCACAGAUUUGGCAUCUCAUCUACUUGUCCAGCAACCUAGUAAAUCAUAGUUUCGGCUUGGAUUAUGUUUAUUUUUGAAGAAAAAUAAAAUGCCUUUUUUCGCGA